AUGGCGGCGCUUCUCCCGCCACUGCCGACGGGGUUGGAGAUCCCGAGACCUCGCUGGCCUCCCCGUCCCAGGCUCCGCGCCACCCCCCGCAAGCCCCGCCGCUUCCAGGCUCUUCCUACGGCGGGCUACGAAGAAGCCUCUGAGGUACCGACGUUGGGGGGUGUGGGAAUGUCUCUGCUCAAUGCUGUUCCGUGUCGUAGAAGGCCAUUCCGCGAAAAUCUGAAUUUUGAGGGAAUUCCGAGCGAUGAACCAGUUUGGGAAUCCUCUCUCUCCGCUGGCUGACUGGUUGGUCGGUUGUUUAUUUAUCUCAGCAGGGAGGUUUAGUAGAAGGGGAGGUGGUGGUAGCCGUUGAGGAGGACGCCGGAGGAGGUGAUUUGAAGAAGGCGCUCCGAGGGUACGGUGAAGCUUUGACGAGCGGCGACCGGUCGAUGGUCCGGGAGAUGGAGGGCUUUCUCAGGUCGAUGGAAGACGAGAAGGAAGUUCUUUCGGGAAGAGCCGCCGCCUUGGCGGGUGAGCUGCGGGAGGCGCGGGCCACAGCGCGGAGGGUCAGCGCGGAGUUCGAGAGCUUCAGGAGGGAGGUGGAGGAGGAGCGCCUCUCUCUGUCGCGAGACGUGAGGGCGGAGGUAGCGGAGAGCCUUUUGCCGAUAUGGGAGAGCUUCGGGAUGAGGGCAGGGGACAAUCAGGUCGAGGCGAAGACGGCGGGGGAAGAGGAGAUCGACCGCAGCUACCGGAGCAUCUACAGACACUUCGGGGAGGUUCUGAGCUCGCUGGGCUUCAUAGACCGGGAAGACGACCGUCCCACCACGGUAAGAGAUGUAUGUAGUUCCGGUUGGGAUCCUCUCACUUCUGCUGGUUGGUUGGCUCUCGCUUGCUCGCUCGCUGAUCGAGGAGCUCUCCCCCUAUGCGCGCCUUGUAGAACGUGGAGGCCGGCUUCUUCUCCGUGCUGUGGACGCCCCAGCGGUGGUGGACGAGGUAG